AUGAAGUACCACAAAUUGCAAAGGUCUGCAAUUAAAAUUUUGGGACUCACUUGUUCGUCAUCCGCAUGUGAACGAAAUUGGAGCACGUUCAAUCAAGUGCACACAAAAAAGAGGAAUCGGUUAACCACGAAGAAUAUGAAUGACUUGGUAUAUAUUUUGUAUAACAAGAAGUUGAAAGAUCGACAUUUAAAGCUUCAAGAGGUUACAGAAGAUCCUUUGGUUCUUGAUGACAUAGCUUUGGAUGAUGAGUGGGUUGCUAAUCCUCCUAAUCCAAAUGAUAUUGGAGAUGAAAUUGAAACUUCGAUAUUGGAUCAAGAAGAGCAUAAUGUUAUUGGUGCUUCUCAAGGAUUGAAAGGAGGAAGUGGUGGUGGAGCAAGUGGUGGUGGAAAUGGAGGAGCGAGUGGUGGAAGUGGUGGAGAUGGUGGAGGUGGUGGAGCAAGCAGUGCUGGAGUUAGUAGAGCAAGAGCAAGUGGUGGAGCAAGCAAAAGGAAAAUGAGGAAGGAUAAAGAAAUAAGACCAAUGAAAAAGAGUAAAGAAGAGGAGGAAUUCCAAGAUGCUAGUAGUGAUGAUUUGGAUGAGUUGGAUGGUCUACCUAUUCGAUUUGAGGAUGACUCUUUAGAUGAUGAAGCAAGUGAUGAAGAUGAUAUCAUGGAUGACGAUGACUAUUAA